AGAAAGAGAUGGGAUCGCACCUAAAGGGAGAGAGAGAGAGAGAGAGAGAGAGAUAAGAGAUCUUAGAGCUGUUUUGUCUUUCUCUCUUCUUUAUAGUUUGUUCUGGUUCAAGAGAAAAAUGGAUCAUUCUUCUUCUAUUUUUGUUUUGAUAUUUAAAAAGGAUACUUUAGUAAUAUUGAAAAAUAAGAGGGCGAAAGAAAAAGAUUGAGAACCGAACGGGUAAAUUUUCUUAAGGGUCUUCCAAUAUGGGUAUUGGACCAAAUUCCUUGUUUACUGUUAAAAUGAACUAACUAGUACUUGAAAUUCGCUAAAAUCGCAUAUGCUUACCCAUCGCAACUUUCAAUCAUUCAGAGUCAUUUUUCGCGGUUUCUUUUCUACUCCGCUGGUCUUUACAAAAUUCUCAGGCAAAAGUAUACUAACCGGUGAGUCAUGCAUACAGUACCUUCAGCGUUGCAAAACCAUGAGACAGCUCAAACAAAUACAGACCCAGAUCUUUAUGGCCGGACUGCAUCAAAGUAGAGGCCAUCUCAACAAGCUCAUGAUAUUCUGCACCCACCCAUCUCUUGGAAAUAUGCAAUACGCUGAGAAGAUCUUUGGUUACAUUCAAGAUCCAUGUCUGUUCGUUUAUAAUGUAAUGGUUAAAGCAUUUGCUAAACUGGGUAGUUUUAGAAAAACCAUUUUUCUUUUUUGGCGAUUGAGGGAAGGAGGGUUGUGGCCUGAUAAUUACACGUACCCGUUUGUUCUUAAAGCGAUUGGAUGCUUAGGAGAGAUUCGGGAAGGGGAAAAGGCUCAUGGGUUUGUGAUAAAGACUGGGCUUGAAUUUGAUACUUAUGUUUGUAACUCACUUAUUGAUAUGUAUUCACAAUUGGGCAAGGUUGAGUAUUUCAGAAAGCUGUUUGAGGAAAUGCCUGAGAGGGAUUCAGUUUCUUGGAAUGUCACAAUUUCGGGGUAUGUUAGGUGUAGGAGGUUUGAUGAUGCUUUAAAUGUUUUCCGGCGGAUGGCGGCAGAGGGUAAUGAGAAGCCUGAUGAAGCUACUAUUGUAAGUACUCUGCCUGCGUGUACAGCUCUAAAAAAAUUGGAGCUUGGUAGGGAAAUUCAUGAUUAUGUUAGAAGUGAGCUUGAACUCACUACCAUAAUCAGCAAUGCUUUGUUAGAUAUGUAUGCUAAGUGUGGGUGUUUGGGUGAAGCAAGGAAGAUUUUUGAUGAGAUGCCAACCAAAAAUGUGAUCUGUUGGACUAGUAUGGUUUCUGGGUAUGUAAAUUGUGGCAAGCUGGAUGAAGCUAGAGAGUUGUUUGAAAGGGUUCCUGUUAGAGAUGUUGUUCUUUGGACAGCCAUGAUCAAUGGGUAUGUGCAGUAUAACUGCGUCGAUGAUGCAGUAGCCUUAUUCCAAGAGAUGCAAACGAGAAGAGUUAGAGCGGACAAAUUUACAGUGGUUUCUCUCCUCACAGGUUGUGCUCAGUUGGGAGCUUUAGAGCAAGGGAAAUGGAUUCAUGGUUAUAUAGAGGAAUGUGGAAUUAAAAUGGAUGCAGUUGUUGGUACCGCUCUUAUUGAAAUGUAUGCAAAAUGUGGGAGCAUAGACAAAUCUCUGGAUAUCUUCAACAGAUUGAAAGAAAAAGAUACAGCUUCUUGGACUUCAAUUAUUUGUGGGCUUGCAAUGAAUGGAAAGACAAGCAAAGCACUUGAAAUGUUCUCAAAAAUGAAACAACUUGGCAUUCAACCCGAUGAUAUCACAUUUGUUGGUGUUUUAAGCGCUUGUAGUCAUGGCGGAUUGGUUGAGGAGGGCCGUCAAUUCUUUUGCUCCAUGAGAGAAAUGUACGAUAUUGAGCCAAAGUUGGAGCACUAUGGGUGUCUAAUAGAUCUUCUCAGUAGAGCUGGACUAUUAGAUGAAGCAGAGGAGUUGAUAGAAAAAGUCCCUGACAACAAGAAUGAGAUUGUGGUUCCCCUUUAUGGUGCAUUGCUUAGUGCUUGUAGAAUCUAUGGCAAUGUUACAAUGGGUGAACGAGUGGCCGAAAAGCUUGAGAAUUUUGAAUCAAGUGAUUCUAGUGUUCACAUGCUUCUUGCCAAUAUCUAUGCCUCUGCUGACAGAUGGGGAGAUGUUAAAAAGGUGAGAAGGAAAAUGAAAGAUCUUGGAGUAAGAAAGGUGCCUGGAUGUAGCUCAAUUGAAGUUAAUGGUACCGUCCAUGAGUUUCUUGUUGGAGAUGCAUCUCACCCAGAAAUGACAGAAAUAACCUCCUUGUUAUGUAGAAUGAUAAAACCAUUGUCGGGAUCUGAAGAUAUUGGCAUGUAGGAGAAGAAUAGGUCUCUGAUGGAGGAACCUACAUUUGGAAUUAUUUUCGGCCUUACAUAUUAAACAUUAAGUCUAGAUGAGUGCUUGAUUUCUUUUGUUUAGGAUUUUCAAAUGCAAGGCUAGUGAAGCAUUUCUUCGAUCUGAUUUGUUGAUUAUAUAGUUGACUUACUUAAUAAAAGGUUGGACGGAUUAAUCUUGCUCAAGAUCGACCACAGUGGCGCCUACUUCUUUGGCAUUCAACAAACUCUAGCUAGAAGAAGAAAACUUAUGUAUGUUGAGUGCCGGAGACUUAGGAAGUUGUCUGUGAACUAUGUAAUAACUUGGAAAUUGGAACGUUGAAAUGAUGAGGUCAAAUGUUACAGCUAGAAGAGCGAUAGAUUUGUGAGGUAAGCUUCACUCCUUCAAAUGUUUCAAAUAUUAUAAUUCCCCAUUUUUCAACUUGUAUCUAUUAUUAUAAAACCUCGUAAACCCAACUGGAAUAUUUUACGUUCAAAAAAGAAUUCAGCGCAAUUAUAUUAUAUAACUCGAGUGUGCAAAGUGCUUAAUUUUAUUUUUUUUCCGUAUUAAUCUUUCAUCAAUGAUCCCAUUUGUUUCUUUUGUUUAUUAACUGGGUAGAGCCGUAGUGGUGGACGGGAGUCAAACGCAGUAUCGGAGUCAUAUCAAAUUAUCAUAAUAUUAUUAUAUAUUAUCUGAAUAACAACUUAUUAAAUUAAGUAAACUCGAAAAAAUUUGUCUUCUCUUGGACCCGUAUCGAGCACUUUUCUUUUUCCUUUUUCAUUUACCUCAACUUGUUGUUGAAGCAUUUAUAUAGCAGGGACAAUCCAAAUCCAACUAAUUCAAAUAAAAAAUAAAAGUCUGGCAGCCAUCAAAACAUAUUAAGACAUAUAAUCUCAGUACUGAACAUAUAUAUAUAUAUAUAUAUAUAAAAGUACUAUAUCAGUAAGGCUACCGACCAGUGAUUGAAUCUGCUCUACGUCACUGGUUGGUUGAGGAAUACGUACUGUAAAUGACAUAAUACGACUAAUUGAAAACCUAGCUUGCAUUAUGAUAUUUAUUUUGAAUUAACAAGUAGUGCCCUCAUGUUGGGAGUUUUCCGGCUACACAUACAUAUAUAUUAUGUAUAUAAUACUACGUUGCUAAUGGGUAGAUAGGAAAAUAUAAAUGCAUAAAAUUCAUGCCGCCGGAGCAUAAUCAUAACCCCCAUCGUCGUCGUCGUCAUCAUCUCCAUCGCCUUCGUCGCAUGUUACAGCAGGAUCAAGCUCAUCAUAUUCCCUUGUACCAUCAUAACUAACAUGAUGAUCUCCAUGUGCAAUUCCAGUAGUAGUACUAGUACUGUUGAAAGUGGGAGUCAUUUUCUUGACUGUAUGGGUGUUUGGGGGAUGGGAAGAGAGGUAGAUAGCAAAGAGAGAGAGAGAGAGAGAGAGAGAGAGAGAGACUAAGACAAGGAAAA